AUGGCGCAGGGACUUUAAGGAACUGGGCCGCGCUGUUCACAGACACAUAGAUACGUUCUUAUGCUAGUUUAAAACAAAAUGGCUUCUCACAGCGAUACUGAAGAGAAACGAGUCCCGUUUUUGAAAGAAGGUAGUCGGGAGAGGCACCCGAGUAAUGAGAACGGGGCUGGAGCUGCCGGCAGGGCGAAGUCAUCAUUUCUCUUCCGAAACGCUUCGAAAUCCAAACAACAAAAUGGCGAACAAAUCAACGGGCCGCUGGCAGGAAGCGCCCCUGGGCUGCUCCGAGCGGACACGGCUGCGGCUCCCAACGAAUUCGCUGCAGAAAGCGAGGAGCGUGGAGCCACAGCCGUUCAGAAAACCGCCGAAGAUCUUGUUCGGAAGAGUUUUCAGAUCCCAAAGAAGAACAAAGAAAAGAAAGACCUCUGUCAACUAGUACCAGUGGGCCCCAGAGAAUUUAAACAAGACAUUUUGAAAAUUCUCAAUUCUUCUUGCCUGGAGUCUUCAUCAAGUGCUAACUUUACCUACACGAAAGCUAGGUUGGUUCAUAAUGAAAGACUAGAGAGGGAGUAUGUGGAGAAAAGGAAAGAAAUGAGAAAUGAGGGCCGAACUGAAAAGGAGUUGGCAGAGUCUUAUGCAUUCUUGCUGCUUGACACAUCUCAGGUUCCCACUAUUUGUGAGAAAGGAUUGGCUGUGGGAAAUUCCAAAGUAACCAUUCUCGGAAAUCCUACAAUGGGUAUCUAUCUUUCAAAAUACUGUGAUGUACUUCAACCCAAUCCAUUGGAUAAUGGAAGAAAGGCAGAGAUAAUAAUUUUCAAAAUCAUAAAGGGAAGGGUAAAAGCUGUCUUUGAAACACUACAAAGAAUUUCACACCCUCCAACACCAAAACACGAUUGUCAUGUUUUUAGAAACCUUGACCGGGUCAUUUCGCUGUUCACUUACAGAGCAUUUGAUCUUACCCAGUUUUAUCUUUAUGAAUUUGGAAAUGAAGGCAUAAGGCAAUACCCAAGGCAUGUUUGCCCCUAUGCUGUGGUAUCUUUCAUUUAUCAGGAAAAUAAAAUUCCUAACAUGUCCAAACCAGUUACGAUGAGCUUACAAGAGAAUCAUUCAGGGAAGUCUUACUACACCAUCUGGAAAGGACAGCUUAUGAACAAAGGGAGGUUUCUGUGCUUUGGUUCUUUGCAGUCAGCUACCCAACCAUUUCUGCCAUUCAAAUUGCCUGAGAAACUUGACAUCAAUACGGUAAUGAGUGUUGAUUGCUUGAAAAAUAAAAUUCCAGUGACUGUAUUCCGAAAACAACUUUCUCUGGGACGCCGAGAAGUACUGAAGAGUGGAUUGUAUUAUAGCUUGUAUGAACUUGUGGAACAAAGCAAAACGGGAAGGAAUUUGGAGCCUCUGCUUCAUAAACUAGAGGAGGAAAUAUUAAAGCUAACAAAAAAUUAUACCAUCUAUUCUGUUGAACUUGUAUGCCGAAUUCUUAUAAAACCCUUGGAUGAUCGUGGAUUUCUGCUUUUAUUUUCUCCCUUAGAGAUGGCAGAUAAUGAAUCUCAAAACUCGAAGCCCAAGUUUCUUCAAGCACUAUUUUUGUUUCCAGAGUCAAGAAUGAAUGGUGUUGAAAACGUGAGGAGAAAUACUAAAUGUAUUCCAACUGUACACAAUGACCCCGAGGCAAUACCCCAGCUGUCAAAGAUUAUACCUGCACUACAUUUCGCUCUGGAUAAAAUUCGAAAGAGCUGCCUUCAGGAAAAGGCUUGGCCCAGGGAGGCUAGUGCAAUGAAUAUUGAAAGGCUUGCACACUGUAUAUCUGACAAAGAUGAUCUUGGAUUGAAAAGAAAAUUGGAAUUUGUUUCUGAGCGGAGUCACAAGCAAAUGAAGAUCAAUCAAGGGUCAUUGGGAGAGGAUGCAUCCAGGUUAUCUGAAUCAGUGCCUCAAGUGAUGAAUGGACUUGGUUUUGGUGAUACUGAUUUAAGACCGCAUGAUCAAACCACAGCAUUGGCUCCAGAUACUCAAAAACUUGUUGGCUUGCUGCUUGAAGUACUUAAAUCUUCCACUUGUCAGAAUCCUGGAACAGACUUUGAGUUCAACCAGGAAGUAAGGAUGUCGGUUUGCCCUAAUAGUGUUGACCUUCAACAAAACAGCGUGGAUGAUGGUUGGGAUCAAAGCAAUGUUUCAAUUAACGAGGAAACAAAACUGAAUCAGCAAAGCAUUGAUGGUCAUACACCACAGAAUGAACCAACAAAAGAGGAACACUCCCAAAAAGAGAUUGUGUCUGGUCUUGAACAAGAAAGUCCUGGAUUAGAUAUGAAAUCACGGAUUGAACAACUGUUCUAUUUACCACCAGAGGAUUCAUGUCCUGAUGAUCCACGGGUUAUAAAUCGGAAGUCAAAUAUUAAUCAUUAUCAGUCGCCUUCAGAUUCUGAUACUGGAGUAGGCAGCGUUUUAAAAGAAUAUUCCAAGGAUUUCCAUCACCCUGUUGCAACUUGUGGGACCAAUGGCCAUUUGUUUGAUCUAAAAGAUGAUUCGGCUUCAGCAAUUGAAAAUACUGUUAAAUUAGAGUACCACAAAUUCUCGGACAAAAUGAAGCAAUUGCUCAAGAGAGAGAAAGUUCAAUAUGGCUCUGACAACAAAAGACUGAUGCUUUCUGCUGCACAGAAGGUUUCGAUGCUUUCCAAAUAUUCAAGUAUUCAAUCACACCAUAUUCCUGUCCAAAGGUACAUAAAUCAAUUACGCAAAAGGAUGAACUCAAUAAUUUCUGACUCGUGUCCUGAUGCGUCUCGCACAAAUUUCCAUCUUUAUCCAUCUCCAGAACUAGUUCAGAGAAAGCAAAAAAAGAUUGAAGUCUGUGGUGAAAUUGUACAGCCGUGCACAGAUUCACAGCUAAAAGCCUUUCUCUGCUUGACAGAAGAGUCCAGCCAAUGUAGCAAAUCAGUGCAUGAAGAAUCAAUUCCCUGUCAAAACAUUAGGGGGCCUGAAAAGGGUCCAGAAAGUGUUGUCUCACUUGCUGAGAAUAUUGUGCAUUUGCAACGAAAGUCUGGACAAAGUACCUUUGAUUCAAAUUGCACAAUUACAGUGGGAGAGGAUUCAAGUUUGACAUUGGAUCAAACUCUGAGCUUUGGGAACCAGCAGGAAACAGCAUGUCCGUUGCAAGAAUCCAGUGGAAUUGGAGGACUUUCUGAACCACAACCAUGUCUAACCAACUUAAUUCAAAGAUUAAACCCAGAAGUCUUUUGCAGCCUGGUUGAAAUUAUCAAGGAUGUUCAGAAGAAUACAGUGAAGUUUUACAUUUAUGAGGUGGAGAAGACUUCUGUGUGUGCAGAAAUUAAGGAAUAUUUAACUGGAUUAGGUAAUAAGGAGUGUCAUCCAGAUGAGUUUUUGAAAAGAAAAGAUGGUUCUGUGGAUAAAUUACUAAUUAUAAUUCAGAAUGAAGACAUUGCAUCUCACGUACACAAGGUCCCAUUCUUGACCUCAUUAAAGAAGUUAUCUCGUGUCAGUUUUGCUGGAGUGGAUAGCUUGGAUGAUGUACAGAAUCAUACGUACAAUGAACUGUUGUGUCCUGGUGGCUUUGUGGUGUCAGAUGAAACAGUUCUGAAUCCUGAAUGUAUUUCAGUUGAAAAACUCCAGAUAUUCCUGGACUUCCUCAAAGAUUUGAGCACUCCUGAAAGCAAAUGGGUCUGGAAAGUUCACUGCAAAAUACACAAGAAGUUAAAGGAGCUGGCAAGGACCAAUACAGCAGCCUUCAAUAUACUAUCCCUUCUGAAUAAAUAUCAGAAAUGUAAUUUAGUAGAAGUUCUGUCUUAUCAUGAUUGUGACUCCAGAUCACGAAGCACAAUUGAAUUAGACUGUUUAAUCAAACUGCAAGCUCAGACCAUACAGCACAGACAUGUGGUUUUCCUGACUGAAAAAUUUAUGGAGCCCCUUUCCAAUUACUCAGAGUGUGGUGUGGUCGUGGCUUGUGUUGAUGACCUUGUGAAGAACUUCAAUAGCCUUAUUGGCUAUCAUAGUUCAAGCAUGGAAGAUAAACAGCUACUAAGAUUAGGAUCUCAAGAUAGCUUGCAAGGUACAUUUUCUUCCAACUCCUUGGAGUUGGCAGAAGUGGAAAAUGCUGAUGCAGAAAACUUGCGAACAAGUGAAGGAAACAAUGAAGAAGAGGAUAUGUCAUUAGACUCUGAAGAUAACUCACCGCAGAUAGAAGUCUGUAGUGAGAAAUCUGAGGCUCUGAAUGUUGCUAAUAUUUCACAAAGUGAACUACAAAGGACUAAAGGAAAGGGAAGCCACUCAGAUGAGUCCAUACAGCAGGCAUCGGGGGACAUUCAGAGCAACCCAUCAGGGGAUGCAAUUUCAAAACUGACCGAAACCGAUAUUCCUGCAACCUCUUUGCAAAUGGUCAAAGCAAAUGGCAAAGAUUCAAAAAGAGGAGCAGGAUUUACAUACAGUAGUUCCUUCUACUCACAUUCACAAAUAGAAUCAAACUACAGGAAUUUUAAUGUAAUUACUCAGAGAUUUCUAGCAAGUGGAAUUGAGCCAUCAUAUAUUUCAUCUCUGGAUCAGAACUGCCAAAACACUGAUAGUUACUAUUCAUCUGGAUAUGAUCAAAAUUUAGCUUAUAAUAAAAACUGGGAAAAUUCCUGGCACACAAGCAGUGUACCAAGCCUGUCUUACCAGCAGCGACGACAAAAGAAACGUGAGCAGUAUCAUUAAAUUUAGUAUUUUUGGUGAUCUUUUCAAUGAAGAGUUUUGUAAAUUUAUUUGGGUUGAAUGCAUCUAGUUAUUACACCAUUGUAUUUGUAUUUUUUUCCCUUAUUCUCUGCUUGAUCCUGAAAGGAUUAUUGUCAUGGACUAAUAGACAUAUUAUAGUGACCUUGUUGUUUGAAACUGAAACUGUUGAGUUAGAUUUUUAAAUUUCUAUUACAGUAACCACAAUUCCUCCUCAAAGCUUGCUGCUUAAAAAUUACCUUAAGACUAAAACUCCACAAAAUCAAAAGGAAGUUUUUUUGUUUUGGAACAUUUCUGCUUUUUUUAAAAAAUGGUCAAUCAUUUUCUGGUGCAUUUUUAUUUGUAAGAAUUCAGGUCUUGCAGUCAGAAUUGUACAGAGAUCUGGAUAUUGGUCACAGUUGCUCUGUUGUAACUGAUGGCCACUUGUACUUUUUAAAAAAGAGAAACUGAACUGAGCAAAUCAAACUGUACUGUAAGCACUUCUUAAACUUUAUAGCAUGUUACACUGAUAUUUAAUCAGUUUGUGAAUAAACUCUAACGGUUAUUGGCUGUUUGAUCCAUUUCAUAUUGUCAGCCUGAUCUAUGUAAAAAAAGUGUAGAUUGAGCUAUUUGAUUAAAGGAUAUUUUUAAUUUUACAGAAAAAUGACAAACUUCUGACUUGCAGUUAAUCUUUUGAUAUAGACUUAAUUUAUUUUGUACAAAUGUUUCAUGAACUUUUUUUAAUUUUAUUCAUGUGUGGUUUUUUCUCUGGUCAUAGUGUUUUAUUUAAUGGCCUUGCAUCAGUACACUGGACUGGUUGUUAACUAGACAAAUUCAUUUACCUCUGUUGGUCUAUUUUACCACUUGUUCAAUCUAGCAUUAAAUAAAACACUUGCAUACAAAUUAACUUGAAUGUUUGUGUACCUGUGUUUAUAUCUGCAAAUAUAUAGUAAAGCUGUUUCUUACUGUAUAUUAAUAAAAGUUAAAAAUACUUCUAAAUAAGUGUCAUCUGUUUUCCUGUGAAAGCUGUUUUUAAUCAAAACUAUAUAGUUCUAAUCAGUGGGCAUAAUAAAUUUGAAGACUGCUACAGCGAAUGCCCUGAUCCCCAUCCAAGAUGUGGGCACUGUGAGUGGAAUAUAGGUUUUGUUUUGCAGUUUUGUAUAAUAGCCCAAGAUUUAUUGAAAUGAUGUUUUUCUGUUGAAAGCACAAUACUCGAAGGAUUGCAUCAAGGGAAUUUGUUAAUUUCAAUCAGGUAAGUUGCAGUGUGCAUACAUUGUUAAUUUACUUUCAUUAUAAACUGGUCUGACGGAGGUCCAUUUUUCAAAGUUGCAGUUUUAAAAAAAAGUUGAAUAAGUACAAUUCCCAGAUGCACUACUGUAUGGUGGCUGUCAGUACCUGAACUAAUUGAAGCUUUCUACAAUUGUAAUCAUAUGAUUUCCUCUCCAAAUAUGUUUUUAAUCCACAUCUGGUUCUGUUGUAGAUUGAUGGCCAUGAUUUGACAACUGCAUUAGUAUUUUAUCUUGCCACUACUAGUCUGCUAACAACUGAGAAUUUAGAAAUUGCUAGACACUAGCAUAACAAUAUUUUUGUAAGUGGG